AUGCAUAACGCUGAUGGGCAGCUGCUGGGUCUGGAGGGCGGGACUUCCUCCAGCAGACAGGAAGGAGAGGGGUCAGUAGGUGUGGCUCGUAGAGAAGGACCCAGCGACUAUGAACUUGCCCUGGAGAACAAGACCAAACAGAUAGAGGAGUUGGAGCUGAGGUACGGUGGUCACCUGGUGUCGCGGCGCGCGGCGUGUCGUAUUCAAACAGCGUUCCGUCAGUACCAGCUCAGUAAGAACUUCCAGAAGAUCCGGAACUCUUUGUCAGAGAGCAAGUUGCCACGCCGCAUUUCCCUGCGCCGGCCCAACCCCACCCGGGGCCAGAACCCCACCCAGCGACACAGCUUCCUGUUAGAGAGCGGGGGCCCACCAUUGCGCCCCAAAACACCCCCACCACCCCCCUCACGCUCCACCUCCCUGCCCCCCUCAGCCUCCCCUGCCACGGGCCCUGGCCCCUCACUCACACAGCUGGAGGACUGCUUCUCAGAGCAGGUACGCUCACUGGCCCAUUCGAUAGACGAGGCCCUGCGUGGGUGGAGCCUGUCGGAGGGGGUUGAAGGGGGGACAGGGGGGCUGCUGAUGGACCCCAGGGCGUUUCGGAUGGCUGCACAGAGUGCCUGUAUGCCUCGCAGUGCCAGCUCCCUGCUCAUGGCCUUCAGAGACGUCACGGUUCACAUCGACACCAACAACUACACUGUCUCCACGACUACCACCUCCACAACCACUGCUACCCACGGCAACACAGGGGCAGGAGCGGGAGGGAGCAGGCAAGUCUCAGUGGACGGGGGAGAGAGGGCAGGAGGGGUGAGGACUCAAUCAACAACCUCCCAGCUGAGGGGUGAGGAGGAGUUUCCUGCCCCCCCUCCCAGUGAGGAGUUGUUGGAGGGAGGAGGGUCGAGAAGGGGGUCAACUGUGACAGGGCAGGGGGGAGAGAUGGGGGGGCAGAGUGUCUCAGAGAGACUCAGUUCCACCUCCACCUCUACCUCAGCCCAGUCUAACCAGUAUACCACUCAGUCCUCCUAUUCCCAGUACCCCCAGUACUCCACAUACCCCAAGGCUCAUCACCCACAGUCCCAGCCAGGGUCCCAGUCAACCAGGGACCCCACCUCUGAGGCUCUCCAGGCCCUGGUCCUCUCUCUGCCUAGAGACCGCUGCCAGGACCCUACCUCCUGCCGAUCCCCCACACUCUCCACUGACACACACCGCAAACGACUCUACCGCAUCGGACUCAACCUCUUCAACGUCUGUGUGGUCGAUGAGAUGGACUUCUUUGGGAUGGAGCUGGACGAGGCUCUGAGGAAGUUCCAGGCUCACAUCAGAGUCCAGGGAGAGGCCCAGAAGGUGGAGAGACUCAUUGAAGCUUUCAGUCAGAGGUAUUGUAUGUGUAAUCCUGAGGUGGUGCAGCAGUUUCAUAACCCAGACACCAUCUUCAUCCUGGCCUUUGCUGUGGUCCUCCUCAACACUGACAUGUACUCCCCUAACAUCAAACCUCAACGCAAGAUGGGCCUCGACGAUUUCAUACGCAACCUACGAGGAGUGGACGAUGGAGCAGACAUCCCCAGGGAGAUGGUGACAGGGAUCUAUGAGAGGACCCAGCAGAGAGAGCUACGCUCCAACGAAGACCACGUCACCUACGUCAGCCGUGUGGAGCAGUCCAUACUGGGCAUGAAGACGAUUCUGUCUGUGCCCCACCGCGCUGUGUGCUGCUGUCGUCUGUUUGAGGUGGCAGACUUCAACAAACCCCUGAAACAGAAACUGGCCAACACCAGAGAGAGUGUUCCUGUUCAAACGACCUCAUACUUACUAUGCUCAUGGCAUCACCAUGUUGAGUCCGUUCUCAUCAGAGAAGAAGCAGAUGGUGAGUUUCUGCUCCCCCAGUGGAGAGGAGCUCAGGAAGUGACAGAGGAGCUACGAGAGUCCAUCACUGAGGUCAACGAGAUGGAGCAGAUACACAUUCAAUGGGAGCUGAAGAGAGAACAAGGGGUGCAGACUCACACCCCCCACACCAACGGAGGACAGAUGGGCACACUCAGUCGACACACAGGAUCCCCCACAGCCCAGAAAGAUCUGUAUGACAAGACUAGCAACAACACUGUGGAGGUGUCAAUUCACAAUAGGCUGCUGCAGACCUACCACAUGACCCAGGCCAGCCCUGAUAGGCUGCUUCAGACCUACCAUGUGACCAGUCCUGACUCCACCCAACUGGCUCUGGCAGCACCCCUGGCAAUGCUUAGCCCCACCCACCCUGGAGAACUCCGCCCAGACACCCUCAUUCAAUGCCAGCAGAUCGUCAAGGUGAUCGUCAUGGAUCAGAGCGGCCGCGGGAGAAUGGAAGCUUUCCUCAACCAAGGAAGCCCCGCCUCCCACCACCGCCUCAUCCAAUCAGCGAUGUCCACACCAGUACGGAUCAGAGAGGGAUCUGAGCCCCCUCUGCCUCCCCCCCCCCCCCCCUACAACCACCCCCACCAGUACUGUCCCCCCGACUCCCCCUACCCCCUUCCACACACCCUUCCUCACCCCCUGCGCAGACGCAACUCGAGUGGUUCCCGCAGCCUCGUCUGACAUAUGUCCCCUGAUCCUACAACACUGUCCUCUGAACUUUUGUUAAACAGUGAUAUACUGGGAGAAACACACACAACACAAACACUCAUAGACAAAGAUAGAGAGGGAAAGGGUGAGACGAGGAAGGGAGGAAGAGAAAGAGGGAGGUAAGGAAGUCAGCUGAGAGAGAGGGAAUAAGCCGAAAAAUAGAGUGGGAGAAAAUGGGGAGGUUUCAAAUCAAUAUAAAUUCAAAGUCAUCUAACGAUGUAAUGUUUAUUUUUCUAAAGAUAGAUUUUCUAAUCUGACAGCUCUUGUGACACAGUGUCAUCUGUACAUAUCUAUAUCUGUACCUGGCUUUAGAAAGAACACUCUAGGAUGCCCCUCCUACCCCCUAAUCCCUGAUUAUAACCCUGCCCUGAUAUCACACAGCUGAUGCAACAAAAGGAAUUCCUCCCAGUGAAUGGAACCGUCUGGACAUAGAGACAUACAGUUGAAGUCGGAUGUUUACAUACACCUUAGCCAAAUACAUUUAAACUCAGUUUUUC